UCGAACGUUCCACUCACCCGCCACUCCGCCAGGCCGGCCAUGCCCCUACCCGGCGGCAACGGCGAGUCCCCUCCGCCCCCGCCUCCCCCUCCCCAUCCACCGCCGUUCCCCUCGCUCAUUAAACUCGGUCGCGCCGUCACCGCACGCCACGUCGACCGCCUCCUGGCCACGCUCCUCCGCCGCCGCAGGCACCGCCUCCUCGCCGCGCUCGCCUCCCAGGCGCUCGCCAACGCAGUUGCCCCCACCCCACGCACGCACCUCCUCGCCGCGUCCGCGCUGCUUGACUCUGCGCACCCACGCGAAGCGGCCCAGCGCCUCGCUCUCGCCUCAUGCAUUGCCAACCGUGGCCGCCGCCUCUGGCACGCACUGCUCCGACGGGCCUGCGCGGGGCAAGGAGACCCGCGUCACGCGCUGGAGCUGCUCUCCGCGGCCAUAGAGGAUCAAGGCGCGGUGCUGUCCCCGUCCACGUACCGCGUGAUGGUGGUGGGGCUGUGUGCCCGCGGGGAGGUGGAUGGCGCGCUCAGGGUGUUCGACGUAAUGACCAGGAGGGGUUGUCAGGUGGACGAUCGUGUUUGCAGCUCUAUUGUUUCUGGGUUCUCUAGAGCUGGGAAGGCUGGAGCGGGUCUAGACUUCUAUGAGAGGGUAAGGCGUGAGUUCAGUUGCUUUGAGCCGGGCCUGGUGACGUUGACGUCGGUCGUCCAUGCUCUUGGGUUGGAGGGAAGAAUCGAUGAGAUGGCAAAGCUGAUGUGGGAGAUGGAGUGUAAGGGCAUGGAUGCUGAUGCUAUAUUUUAUGGCAGCAUGGUUCAUGGAUACAUGAGUGGUGGGUUCUUGAUGGAGGGUCUACGGAAGCAUCGGUCCAUGAUAGAUAAGGGAAUCACAGCCGAUGCGGUUAACUACACUACUGUUAUUGAUGGCCUGUGCAGAGAAGGUAGUGUGGAGAAAGUAAUGGGUUUCUUGGAUACAAUGGAGCAGUAUGAUGCUAAGCCAAAUUUGAUUACUUAUACAUCACUGGUUGGUGGCUUCUGUAAGAGAGGCAGGUUGGAAGAUGCCUUCUCUAUCUUGAGGAAACUGGAACAAACUGGAGUGGUGGUGGACGAGUAUGUAUAUUCAAUUUUGAUUGACAGUUUGUGCAAGAUGGGAGAUUUAGCUAGGGCUUUCUCUUUGCUUGAGGAGAUGGAGAACAAGGGAAUAAAGGCUGGCAAUGUAACAUACAAUACGGUUAUAAAUGGUCUGUGUAAAGCUGGUGACACUGAAAAGGCUGUUGAAAUCUCUGAAGGUGUUGCUGCUGAUAACUUCACAUAUAGCACACUGUUACAUGGUUACAUUAACAGAGAUGAUAUAACCGGUGUUAUGGCAAUAAAGGGUAGGCUUGAGAAUAGUGGUAUCUCUAUGGAUGUUGUCACAUGCAAUGUUCUUAUCAAAGCAUUGUUUAUGGUUAACAAGGUGGAUGAUGCCUGGAGUUUGUUUCAUAAAAUGCCUGAGAUGGGCUUAAGGCCUAAUACUAUCACCUACAAUACAAUUAUAGAUGCUUUGUGUAAAGUUGAGGAAAUUGACAAGGCACUGGAGCUUUUUGAUGAAUACAAGAAACAGUCAUCACUCUCCAGCACAGUGGUUUAUGACUGCCUCAUUAAAGCACUGUGUAAUCAAGGAAAAGUUGACAUGGCUGGCCAAAUAUUUUUUGAUCUUGUUCAAAAAAAAUUAAGACCCGAUUUCUGUAACUGUAGGAAGUUGAUUCAUGCAAACUUCAAAGAACUCGGUGAACACGGUGUGCUGGAUUUUAUUUAUAAGGUUGGUGAAUUAGAUAUUGACUUAUUUUCAUCUAUUUGCAAUUAUGCUUCUACUUUCUUAAGCAACAAGAAUUGUUGUCGAGCAGCAAUGGAUGCUUACAAGUUACUCAGAACGCAAGCCAGUUUUGUAACUAGUAAAACAUGCUACAGGCUGCUUAAGAGCUUACAUCGAAAUGGAAGUGAAGAGGUCAUACAACCAUUGCUCUGUGAGUUCAUUAAAAUUCAUGGUCUGCAUGAACGUAGAAUGAUAAAUAUGCUGUCCUGUCAUCUCAGCAAGAAAAGUGUUAGUGAAGCUAUUUGGUUUUCUAAUUACAUGGACACUGGAAGUGUUCCUGUCAGUGUUCUGAGAGCAGCUGUCUAUACUCUGAAGAAGCAAGGUGAAGUUCUGGAUGCGUGUAAAUUUUUGAAGGAAGCUCAACAAAGUGGGUUUUCAGUAGAUCUAGCAAUGUAUUCCAUAGUGGUGGAUGGACUUUGUAAGGGUGGAUAUCUUGAAAAGGCACUAGAUCUUUGUGAAAGAUUGAAAAAAGAAGGGCUUCAUCCAAACAUUGUCAUCCAUAACUCAGUUCUCAGCGGUUUGUGCCAGCAAGGAUGCCUUACUGAAGCAUUCAGGCUCUUUGACUAUUUAGAAAACAGCAAAAUGCUUCCAACAUUGAUCACUUACGCCAUCCUUAUUGGUGCUUUGUGCAGAGAAGGUUUGUUAGACGAUGCAGACCAACUGUUUCAUAAAAUGUCCACCAAGGGUAUCAGACCCACGACCCGUGUUUACAACUUGUUGAUAAGUGGUUAUUGUAACUUUGGAUUAACUGAAAAGGCACUUGAGCUUAUGUCCCACUUGGAGGAACUCUUUGUAUGCCCAGAUUCUUUUACACUUGGUGCAAUUAUUAGUGGACUUUGCCUGAAAGGUGAUACUGAAGCUGCAUUACGCUUCUUUAAUGAAUACCGUUAUAAGGACAUAGAACCUGAUUUUGUUGGUUUUAUGAGCCUUGUCAAAGGACUCUAUGCAAAAGGAAGGAUGGAAGAAUCCAGGGGCAUCUUGAGGGAAAUGUUUCAGUGCAAAGAAGUCGUGGAGUCAAUAAACAGUGUUGGAGAUAAGAUUCAAGCGGAGUCUCUUGUUGAUCUCCUAUCUUCUGCAUGUGAUCAAGGGAGGAUUGAUGAGAUUGUGACUAUCCUAAAUGAAGUGGGACACAUGCUUUUAUCCUCUUCAGAUUCUAGCAGCUAUAAUGCGCUUGGGCACCUCAAGAAGUUACAGAAAGCUGAUGAUGCUUGUGAUUCCAUUUCAGAUUCAGGACAAGUAAGUCCAGUAGCUUAUGAUGUUUCUAGGAAUAGUCAUCAUAGGAGCUCUGAGGUGAUAGAUGGAGAUGAUAGUUUAUCAAAAGCAAGUGAUGAUACUGAUAUUGAGUACCAAAAUUUGCUUGGGAAGUCUUUCAGUGAUGACUUCGACUCAUAUUAUACUGCUAUUGCUUCACUUUGCUCGAAAGGGGAGGUUCUUAGGGCCAACAAGGCAGUUGAAGCGAUGAUUCAGAAUUCUGAUUAAAUUUGGUGAUCUGUCCAACUUGUUAGGGAUCUUUUUCUACCCACAGUAGCAUCAUCUGCAACACAUGUAAACUCAAACAGACACCAAAUGAAAACAGAACCCUUACUUUGCACAGGCUCCAUCAGUUGAGAGAGUGUAUGCAGGUUGACCCAUGGUACCCCUCCAUGUGGUUGUGAAUAUAUAUGAUUGUUCAAGAUUCUGAAAAUCCUUGAGGUUGAGGAUACAUCUUGUUGAGUUCAACCACACGGACUGAGCAUACAGGGCUCUGAUAAAAGAUGCCGAACUAUAGGAAUAAGGGAAGAGAGAAAGCCCAUACAGCUAUGGGAUCUGCAGCCUGCAGAUGCAUGUUUUUUAAAUAACCCCAUUGAAACAUCUGAAGUAGUACAUAUAGAUAUGAAAUGACAGAACCAGGUGACAAAUGCCAAAGUUGACGCAGCUGGAGUGCUAGAGGAACUCUCGAAGAAAUAAAUGGAGUGAUUGACAUAUAACAUGAAUUCAUCGGGUUGGGAUUGGAGUCAAAACUCAAAACAUGGUAAGGAACUAUGUUUAUCAAGCAUCAUAGCUGUGUCAGAGCAUGCAAAUAAUACAAUAGAAGAGAGGACGCAGAGUUUACUUUGACAAAGCAGUCAUGGAAAUGCAGUCUGACCAAGGAUGCCGCCAUCCUGGUCUCCUUGGCCACAGCCUGUGCUACAAUGGACUGCACGAUCUCCUUCGCCUUGGGGCAUGAAUGGUCGUAGAAUUGAGGGAACAAGCCGCCCCAUGGGUGGCCGUGGAUGGCACUGGCAAGGAGGAAGGGAGAAAC